GCUGAAAACAUCAUCGCAAGUAUAGAAACAAAUCAAAGGGGAAGAAAAAUGGCGCCACAAUAUUGUCCUUAUAUUGGGAAGACCACAUGGCCGGAGCUCGAGGGAACAAAUGGAGACUAUGCGGCUUCGGUGAUAAAAAGAGAGAACCCGACGCUCGAUGUUGCUGUGUUUCUGGAUGGAACUCCGGUGCAGCCAUACCUCAACUGCAACCGCGUUAGGGUUUGGGUUGAUGGAAACCGUAUGGUCAUCAAAGUCCCUACCGCCGGUUAGACCAUGUAUAUGGACAAUUGAAGAUUGCUAUGCGUAAUAUGAAGACAGUGUGUGGUUAGUGGUAAUUGAUGUAAUAUCGUUUGCUUGAGUAAUUUCGGUGUUCGUUCGCCGGAUAUUACUUAUGUUAUUAUGUCCCAAAGAUGUAUUAAGCAAUUUAUCUGGUUUGCAAGUAAAGAAUAAAAAACAAUGGUGCUAUAUAGUAU